AUGGCCAUUCCGGCUCCCAUCCCUCCUCAGACCAACCAGGCUCCCGGUGGCAGUGCCAGUGGCAGUCUUUACGUUGGUGACCUCGACCCCUCCGUCACUGAGGCUCAGUUGUUCGACAUGUUCAACGCUCUCGGCCCGGUCGCUUCCAUCCGUGUCUGCCGCGAUGCCGUGACCCGUCGUUCCCUCGGAUACGCCUACGUCAACUUCCACGCCGCUCCCGAUGCUGAGCGUGCCAUCGACACUCUUAACUACGUCCCCUUGAAGGAGCGUCCCAUGCGCAUCAUGUGGUCCCAGCGUGACCCUGCUUCCCGCAAGGCCGGUGCUGGCAACAUCUUCAUUAAGAACCUCGACCCCUUGAUCGACACCAGGGCUCUUCACGAGACCUUUGCCGCCUUCGGCCCCAUUCUUAGCUGCAAGGUCGCCAUGGACGGCGAGCACUCCAAGGGUUACGGUUUCGUCCACUUCGAGGAGGGCGAGUCUGCCGAGCAGGCCAUCAAGCACGUCAACGGAAUGUUGCUCAACGAUCGCAAAGUGUUCGUUGGUCACCAUGUCCCCAAGAAGGAGCGUUUGAGCAAGAUGGAGGAGAUGAGGUCCAAGUUCACCAACGUGUACGUCAAGAACUUGGACGAGGCCGUCACCGAUGAGGAGUUCCGCGCCAUGUUCGAGAAGUUCGGUGAGGUCACCUCGGCGUCCGUCUCUCGCGACCAGGACGGCAAGUCCCGUGGAUUCGGGUUCGUCAACUUCUCUGGCCACGAGGAAGCCCGCGUCGCGGUGGAGGAAAUGCACGAGAAGGAAAUCAACGGCAAGCAGCUGUACGUCUCCCGUGCUCAGAAGAAGUCUGAGCGUGAGGAGGAGCUCCGCCGCCAGUACGAGCGCAUCCGCGAGGAGAAGCUCAACAAGUACCAGGGUGUCAACCUUUACGUCAAGAACCUUGACGACAGCAUUGAUGACGAGAAGCUCAGGCAGGAGUUUGCCGUCUACGGAGUCAUCACUUCCGCCAAGGUUAUGCGUGACGAAAAGACCGGAUCCUCCAAGGGCUUCGGAUUCGUCUGCUUCUCCUCGCCCGAGGAGGCCACCAAGGCCGUGACAGACAUGAACGGCCGUAUGAUCGCUUCCAAGCCCAUCUACGUCGCUCUUCACCAGCGCAAGGAGGUCCGCCGUCAGCAGCUCUCCGCUCAGAUGCAACAGCGCAAUCAGAUCCGCAUGCAGCAGCAAGUCGGUGGCAUGCCCGGUCCCUACCCCGGUGCUCCUGUCUUCUACCCUCCCGCCGGCAUGCCUCCCCAGGGUCAGCGCGGUGGUAUGUUCUACCCUCAGCAGAUGGUCCCUCGCCCCCGCUGGGCCCCUAACGGCGGUCCCCAGGGCCCCGCUCAGCCCGGCCAGCCUCCUCUUCCCGCUGGUGUGUACCCUCCCCAAGCCGGUGGUCAGAUGCCUCCUCAGUUCGGCGGUGUCCCCCCCAUGGGAGUUCGCCCCCCUCGUCAGCAGCGCGGUCAGCAGCAGCCUGGAGGCCGUGGUCAGCCCCUGCCUCCACAGCAACCCGGUCAGCCUGGUCAGCCCGGCAUGAUGCCACCUAACGUCGGCCGUGGAGGUGCUCGUCCUGGACAGUACAAGUACACCCCCAACGCCCGCAAUGCGCCCAUCCCCGGCCAACCUGGCAUGCCCGGCCCUACCACCGGCCCCAAGCAGCCGUUGAGCAGCAAGAUCCUGGCCGACAUGACCCCGGAGCAGCAGAAGCGCCUCCUCGGCGAGAACCUGUUCCCGUUGAUCCAGGAGAUGACCCCUCACGCCGCCAAGGUGACUGGAAUGUUGCUCGAGAUGGACCAGUCUGAGCUCUUGCACUUGCUCGAGGACACCAAGGCCCUUCAGGUCAAGGUUAACGAGGCCGUUGAAGUUCUUAACGAGCACAUGGACAAGGCGGGCGCCCCCGAAGACGGUGAACAGCAGUAG